AUGAAAGAUCUGAGAUCCCGCGUCAAGAAUGUCGCCCUCGCCGGAGACGUUCUGGUCUCAGCUUUAGGUAAAGCGGCGCUACAUUGCCAGGGUCGGCUAGUUGAGGCCCCCGUGGCGGCCAAUGUACGACGUAUUAUCCCGUCUGAGUUCGGAGCGAACCUGAGAAACCCAAAAACAAGAAAACUCCCGACAUACGCUUUGAAAGUCGCCCUCGAAGACCAGUUAGCGCGAAGCUGCAGGCUGUCAAACUCCUCGUAUACGCUGAUAUAUACCAAUUGUCUGCUAGACUGGGCGAUCGCAACCCACGGUGCUUUACUGGUUGACCCGUCGAAACGAAUUGUCAAGCUGUACGAUGGCGGAAACAACAAAUUUUCCACAACAAGCCUAGCAACAGUAGGCCACACCGUGGUCGCUGUCGUGGAUCACUUUGAGGAGACUGCCAACCGAGUAAUCUGCGUGCAGGAUGCUGCCAUAUCUCAGGUUGAGCUUUUGAAAUUGGUCAAGGAGGUGACAGCGGAUGACGGCGGGAAAGAGUGGGGAGUCUUGCAUAUCGACACUGGAGAUGCAGAAGCCCAGGCCUUGGCAGUUCAGAAACAGGGAGCCUUGACAUCUGAGGUCUUUUAUGGGUUUGCAGUUCGGGCGGCGUUCGCUCCGGGCUAUGGUGGGCACUUUGCUCACUGCGAUAAUGAGCUCCUGGGGAUUAAAGGUAUGGGGCGAGAUGAGAUAAAGAGGCUCAUUCGGCAUGUCUUCUCGGAAGAAGACCAACAAGACCUGUGCCAUUGA